CUCCUGUUGUGUGCUUCUUUCUUCCAGCUGCUUGCUACCAGCUUGAGAGGAAGAAGGGAGUCCAGUCCUCAGGGCUCAUGUUCACUUUCUGGCUUAUAGCCCUACUGUGUGCCCUUGCCAUCCUGAGAUCCAAAAUCAUGACUGCCUUUAAAAAGGAUUCUGGAGUCGACGUGUUUCGUGAUGUCACUUGCUACAUUUAUUUUUCCCUCAUGCUGAUUCAAUUCGUGUUGUCUUGCUUCUCAGAUCAGUCACUCCUGUUCUCUGAAACCAUCAAGGAUCCCAUAAGUAAUACUUGCCUGGAAUCUGGUGCCUCCUUCCUGUCCAAGAUCACUUUCUGGUGGAUCACAGGGUUGAUGGUCCGGGGCUACGGCCAGCCCCUGGAGGUCACUGAAUAA